AUGUUUGAUUGCUUGAUUUAUGAAUUAUUGAUCAACAUUUUGUUAAGAUUGCCUGUCAAAACCCUUGUAAUUUGCAUUUGCACUUGCAGAACCCUACAAUCUUUCAUCACUAGCCCCAAUUUCAUAGCUGCUUAUACCAACAAAUCUAAACAAAACUCAUUUGUUUUUCUUAAGUACCACACUGAUUCCUUUGGAAAAAACAUCAAAAGGGUCAAUGAGUAUUUCUGGUUACACCCAGAUAACAAUUCCUUAAAUGUUAAGGAUUUUAAGGGGAAGAAUUUGCCUAUGAAAUGUUAUGGCUCUUAUUUUUAUAAAAUUGUGGGUUGUUGUAAUGGUGUUAUUUGCUUGACUUGCAACUCUAGUGCAACAAGUUAUAUCAUUUAUCUGUGGAAUCCUUCCAUAAGGAAAUACAUACAUGUCCCUGAUCCGAAUGUCAUGUACAAGACUCAUGGCAGGUUUAAUAAUGUGUGUUUAGGGUUCGGGUUUAAUGAGCUUGCCAACGAUUAUAAGAUCAUUAGGGUCGUUUACAUUCAUCGAAUUGAUUUGUUUGAGGAAGUACCUGUUCUUGUAGAGGUUUACUCUGUGAGUGCUAGGUCAUGGAGAUACAUCGAGAACUCGAGUCCUAACCAUUUACUUCAAAUGCAACAAUGUACGCAAUGUUUCUUCAAAGGCGCUAUACAUUGGAUGGGGUAUAACCGGCUUAACCGUGGUUUAAGUGCCAUUGUGACUUUUGAUGUGGUGGAUGAGAGUUUUGGUGAGGUGAAGUUACCAGCUUCUUUGGAAGGGUCUAAUUCAAGUUUUAGGGGAUUGAUCAAUAGAGUUUGUUGGGACAUGCUUGCUUUAAUUCAAGUGAAUUCAGGUUGUUGUCAAAUAUGGGUGAUGAAAAAGUAUGGUGUUGCGGAUUCAUGGACUAAGAUGUUUACAUAUGCUCAUCCGACCUUGCGUCCAAUUAUGCCGGCAAUAAGUAUCAGAAAAAACAAGGAUAUUUUAAUGUUGACGACGAAAUCUGAGUUGAUUUGGGAAAUCCAAGAUGCCACCAUGGACAAUUUUUUGCAUAGGCUUCGUGCUUUCGAGAAUUUCAAGGUUCCAGAUAUUACAAUGCUUUCUGCUCAGAGAAUUGGUGAUAAAAUGGAGGAAUUAGGAGUGGUUACAGAGCCACUUAGAGAAUGCUAUUUGGCUUCUUAUGAGGAAAGUUUAGCACUUUUCAAUGAGGGAGAACCAAUAAUUGGUGAUGUUAUUGAAGACGAUGCUAUCAAAGAUAAUAAUCUUCGAUCACAAUGA